CUGCUCAUAUCACUGUCCUUCGUUAAACCCAUCAAGAAAGCUUAUUGGAACGCUUCUUUUUGUUCCUGAUUUUUUCUUCCUAUCACUCUACACUUAUUUUAAUCAAAGACCCCGCGGUCUUACCCUGGCAACGGACUACAAGACUGGACAGUACAUCAGUUGUUAAUAUUCAGCAAAUCCAACGACUCACAUAUUAAUACACCGCACAUUCUCAAGUCAAAAUGACCAACAUCACCACUACUACUACCACCCCCUCUCCUAUCCCUGCGACCAAGGCGGCCGCAAACUCUCACCCCGCCGAAGAUGCCCCCCUUUUCCCGACCUCUUUGAUCUCCGCUGAAGUGGCCGUUCAGCUGCCAGAGAACUACACCAUCCGUCCCAUGCGCCGCUCCGAUUACAAGCGAGGCUACCUCGACGUCCUGCGUGUGUUGACCACCGUUGGAGAGAUCAGCGAGGAGCAGUGGGACAAGCGAUUCGACUGGAUCGCGUCCCGUAACGACGAAUACUACAUGCUUGUGAUUGUGGACGGACAGGAUCGUGUGGUCGGCACUGGUAGCUUGAUCGUGGAGCGCAAGUUCAUCCACUCUCUGGGUCUGGUCGGUCACAUUGAAGACAUUGCCGUGGAGAAGGACCAGCAGGGAAAGAAGCUGGGCCUGAGAAUCAUCCAGGCUCUGGACCACGUUGCUGAGAGCGUUGGUGCUUACAAGACGAUCCUUGACUGCUCGGAAGUCAACGAGGGUUUCUACCAGAAGUGCGGCUUCAAGCGUGCCGGUCUCGAGAUGGCUCACUACUACAACUGAGUGUGAAGCCUUUCUGGGUCGUUGAUUUUAUACUGGCGUUAUCGUUAUCAGACUCGGGCUCGGGGUUGUUUAUUGCUGGGGGCAUUCAUCAUUACGUCUGUGACGGGCCCCUUUGAGCAACCCCGCAUCCCGGAGUCUUUGGCUGGCGGCUGGUGAGCGAAUAUGCUCGGCGUUAUGUAUAGACUGCUUGCGUGUUGGAGAUUUCGUUGGAUAUGCUUUGCAUGAGAACUGCGACUGAAGCAUGCAUUCUUGACGUUUGGGCCAGGGCAAUUCUUGCCAAAGAGGAGUUUUGUUGAUAUUUGGAUUGCUCCUGUAUGGUUUGUUUCUCCAUGGCUGCAAGCAUG